AUAAGUAUGCAUUUGAGUACAAUUCAGUACAAUUUAGUAUUGGAAGCAUGGAAGGUUUUUGGUAUGAUUGAGGAGUGAAUGGUAUGUAUGUUAAAAGAUUAUCAGUUGCUGAAUGAAAUGUCAACGUUUUAAGAUAAAAUUUAUACAAACUUUGUUAUGAUGUCAACAUAUAAUAAAAUUUGUAGAAUCGUUUGCAUAUAUAUGGAACAAAUGCGAAUGAAAAUAGAAAUAUAGGUUAUAAUAGUACUUGUAAACUUUUGUAAAUAUCGAAUCUUUUGAAAUUUAUUACGUCAUAUUCUAUUUUUUACAACUUAAUUAUAAGGAUGCCACAUUUUGUCAGUACGAAAGAGGAAAUCAUGGAAAAUACGAACGAUAUCACUUCUGACUUUGCUUGUCUCAAAGUGUCAGCGUUAAAGAAAGCUUCACGCAUAUCGGGCGAAGUAGACAGAAUUACAAUUGGGCCUGAUUCUAUGGUCAAUGAAAAUGAAUGUAAUGAAACAUCAGAAAAUAUAGAAAAUGAGCAAAACUCUUGUAACACCUCAGUUCCAAACAAGUCUAUUCAAUCACAAAAUAACAAAACCUCUAUGCAGAGUGGCAUUACAUUUUCAGUUAAAAAGAUUCUUUUAGAAAGUGAAUAUCAAAGGAAAGAAGAAGUUCAGAAAGAGAUUGAACGUCAUUGGCAACACAUGAAAGAAAAUGGGAAAGCUAUAAAGGAACACAUGGCAAUAUCACGUUCGCAUAUGGCAAAAGAACGAGAACGUAAAAGCAAAGAAAAUUAUGCGUACAUCUUAGCAGAAGAAAGAAUUGCCGAGCAGGAAGAAAUACGCAGAAGACAUGAACAACAAAAAGAAGUUGAAGAAUAUAGACGAAAAAUGAAAGAGAAAGAGGAAUUAACAAAAAAAAUAAUGAAUUUAAGAAAUAUAUGUGGAAUGAAGUAUCGCGAUAUCGCAGCUUUAUCAGAAACUUGUAAAGACAGAAAUUCUGCCACAGUAGCAUUAUCCUCUUACGUUCCAAAGUUAGAGGAGGUGCAUCAUCAAAUAGAACUUAUAGACGAGAAAAUUAAGGUAGGAGAAGUGACACUUGUAGACUUGAAUACUAUAGAAAAGAUGAUUACUCAAGUUGAUGAAAUAUUAUUAACGUUCAAAUUAGAGAUAGAAAGGAUAAAUGUUCAAUAUGAAGUAAAUUUAACUAAAUUGCAAAACACUACACAAUCGUAUGUACAACCUCAAGAUUUACAAAAGCAAGUAUCUGAGAGUACUCAACCAGUUUGUGAAAUAAUUACUUCUGAACAAAUAAACAGUAAUAAUGUACAAACUAAUGAAGGGAAAUAUGUGGAAAAAGAAAAAGAAAACACACAAGUACAAAAUAUAAGUUGUCCAAAUCCUCCAGAAACAACACAAAAUGUUGUUAGUACAGAAGAAAGUCUGACAACAACUGAACAAGAAGAAAGUCAGUUGUACGAAUAUGUUGAUAAGGAGUCGUUACAACUGUACGUGAAUAGUCAAAAAUUUCUAGAAAAUUAUGUGAAAAUGCUUGAUGAAUUUUCACAGUCGGCAAAUACAAAAAAAUUCAGAUUCGAAUGCAAGAAAGCAAUAAAUAUACCUGUAAAUGCAAUUUCUGGAAUUAGUGAGCAACAUUUGAGAGAUAAAUACGAAAGUUUGCAUAACCUUCUUAUCGGAAAAUCUUCACCAAACGUUAAUCAAUAUGCCCAGGGAGCAGCUUUUUGUAAAAAUAUAUUAGCUAAACAAAUAGUUAAUCAGGGUGAAACGCUCGUCUCAAGCAAACCAAAAAUGGCAUUUCCAGUUGCUGCAGUAGUAGUAGCUUUAUGGAAUGAUCAUUCGGAUUUCGGUGAACUACUUUUGUCAUAUUUUCAUAAUGUUUGCCCAUUUACGGUUCCUAUUUUUAUGCCAAAAAUGGUCGGACAGUCGAACGAAAGUUAUUACAAACUAAUGGGCUACAAAUACGCGGAGGAUGGUACAGUUGAGAAACAUGAUAAAUAUUUGAAAAGAAUGUCUGGUGUAAUAAGAUUAUAUGCUUCGAUUACGAUUACAUCCCAAAGGAAGGGAGUUGUAAAAAGUAAUCCGCAUGGACUUCAAAGCGCCUGGCGGUGGUUAGCUGCUAUUUUAAAUACCGAGCCACGAAAAGAAGUAGCAGAUCUUCGCGCAACUCUUUUAUUGGAUAUGCUCGAAGUAGCUGGUAGUGCGCUAUGGGCCGCUUAUCCAAAACAAUUUCAUAAAUUAUUAAUUUUGUUACUGGAAGAAUAUUACCCGCGCAUGCAAAGGGUAGGAUGUAUCGGCGGUGGGCCAUUAGUACGAUUGGAAGAAUUUUUGAGGAAUACUUUAGCAAAAGGUUCAAUAGCACCGCCCGAAGGUCAACUUCCUUCAAAUUUUUGGUGAUCUCAAUAAAGCUUAAGUGCUUGUUUUAAUCUA